AUGUACGAAUUCGACGGCAUAAUCAAAAUCAGAAAUGUUACUGGUGUUAGCAUCUUCACUGCACGGCCAAAUUUGCAAUUCGGCAAAUUCUACAAUGCGCCAAACAAGGACAAUGAGAUUCUCCCUCGUGAUAUGGAAAGUCUAGAAAUCAAAGACAACGAAGAUCUUCUCAUUCACAUUUGCGGUCGUGAUAAAGAGCCGGCCGGCACAACAGGAACGAUUGAUCUCGAUGAUAUUGACGAUCAAUACGUCGCCACCCUCUACUGGAAUGUCCCCUUCGGUUCGAAAACAAACACCUUCUCGGUGUCCGGGCCCGGCAGGCGCUCUCAGUAUAUUGUUUCUGCCGAUGGAUAUAAUAGAAGUGGUACUGGACUUGGAACUGCGGAUGUGGAAGUCACCAAGAAGCCAACCACCCGUGGUUAA